AAAGAUGAUGGGAAAACAAAUGUUAAAGGGGGGAGGGGUCUUAGAUUCUAUAAUGGGAGGCAUGGAAACAGCACCCACGUUCUUCUCUGAUCAUUAUUUUACUUAACUUUCUUUUGUCUCUCUUCUUUUUUCCCGGUCUUCAAUUCCUCCCCUCAUAGCCAUAGCCCAUAGCCCAUAGGCCAUUUACCUCUUUCCCCCAACCUCCUUAAAUACUCUUAUUACACCAUCUCUGUUAACUCCACUGUCUUGAUAAACUACUGUCUGAACCACAACCAUCUCUUCUUUACUACUUUUCGACUGUUUAAUGAUUAUGAUCAUGGGAAUUGAAAAGCCUGCAUGGUUAGAAGGCAUCUACACCCAGAAAUUCUUCGUGGGGUGUUCGUACCACGAAACUGCAAAAAAGAAUGAAAAGAACGUAUAUUGUUUGGAUUGUUGUAUAAGUAUUUGCCCUCAUUGCAUAUCCUCACAUAGUUUCCAUAGGCUUCUUCAAGUUCGUCGCUAUGUUUAUCAUGAUGUUGUUAGAUUGGAAGAUCUUCAAAAGCUUAUAGAUUGCUCCAAUGUUCAGGCUUAUACUAUAAACAGUGCAAAAGUGGUGUUCAUCAAAAAAAGACCUCAAAAUAGACAAUUCAAAGGGGCUGGAAACUACUGUACUUCUUGUGACAGAAGUCUUCAAGAACCAUUCAUCCAUUGCUCUUUGGGGUGCAAGGUGGAUUUUGUGUUGAAACACUACAAAGACUUGUCUCCAUUCUUAAAGAAAUGCAAGAAAUUAACACUUAGCCCAGAUUUCCUUAUCCCACAAGACAUGGGAGACGAUGAAACAACAAACGGGACACCACGUUCAACAAUAGCAGACGGUGAUGAACCGAUUAUAAGCUGGUCUUCAGGGUCAUCAGGUUCCGACAACAUGAGCAUGGCAUACAGUUGUGAUGAGAUUGUAAGGAAGAAGAGAAAUGGGUUAUAUGAUCAAGACAUGGCUAGUAGCAUCAUGAAUAGAAGGAAAGGCAUUCCCCAUAGAUCUCCACUAUGUUAAGCCCAAUUAUAAUAAUGAGUGAAUCAUUAAUUUCAAAAGCUUUAAGCUCUGACUCUCUUUUCUUUUAUCUAUUCUAGUCACUUGGUCGGGGGGGUUUUGUCUUAAUGGUAUCACGUGAUUCCUAAUUCCAAGUUAACAGUUUGUACAGUUCUUUUAACCCUCUUUUUUCCCA